CGUGGCCUCAGGCCCUGGCUGUCACCACCUGCCGGUGCAUGAGGGUGCCGGGCCCGCAGCGGUAAGAGGGCACCAGGGAGUGGCUGCAAAGCUCGCGUGGCCGGAGGUGGUGGUGAGGGUGAGCCCUGAAUUCGGGCCUCCGGGAGCCUCACGCUCCAUUCCCAGAAACCUUUGCGCCUAGAGGUCUCUCUUCAAAGGAGUUGGGCCGGGGCGCCCAGAGCGUGAGGGGCGCCCAGCCUUCCAGGGCCUGCUGUGAAGCCCUGCUUUUCCCGCCAACCCCGAUUUCUUGCUUCUGGACGCGGAGCGGAACCCUCAGGCCGUGGGCCCACCUGUGCCGCUCUGCUAACCCUCCCCGCGCAAGGCUCAACUUUGGGAGGAAGCAAGGCAGGCUGGACAGAGGACCCGAGCACCAAGAGGACGCCAAGAGCAACUUCUGCAGAGCUAUUCCAGUUUGACGGGAACCGUUCAGAGCCGUCGGUGCCACCUGACAGAAAACUGCAUGCCAGGAAAGGAACGCCAGCUGUGCAGAAUCCGAUCUUUGAAAACGUAGGUUAAGAGACCAACAUGUGCUCUCCUGCCAGUUCCAAAAUCCUAUAUAGGAAUCCCCGGUUUCUGCGGUUGGCUUUUGUGCAGCUUCAUCACCAGCAACAGAGUGGUGUGUUCUGCGAUGUCCUUCUGCAGGCAGAAGGUGAGGCAGUUCCAGCCCAUUGCUGCAUCCUGUCAGCCUGCAGCCCCUUCUUCACAGAGCGCCUGCAGCGGGAGAGGCCAGCUCAGGGUCGGAAGGUGGUCCUGGAGUUGGGGGGCUUAAAGAUCAGGACACUCAGGAAGCUGGUGGACUUCUUGUAUACCUCAGAGAUGGAAGUAUCUCGAGAAGAAGCCCAGGAUGUGCUUUCUGCUGCCCGUCAGCUCCGUGUCUCUGAGCUAGAAUCCCUUCAGCUAGAGGGUGGGAAGUUGGUGAAGGCCCCCCCGGGCCGAAGACUGAACCGGGAGUGCUUACAACCUCCAAGUCCUGCACCAAUCUCUGCCAGGGUGGUGGCAUCCACCCGCCGCCCUCGGACUCCACUGCCUGUGACCCAGACUCCUUGUCCUCUUGGACUAGUGAGACUGAAGUCCUUGGGAAAGGAGGAGGGGCCCCUGGAGAAAAGCAACCAACAGAACGCAGAGAACUCAUCUGGCAAUCUUCUGCUCAAGAGGAAGGCCAGAGCUUGCCCAACUCCACAAGAAAAAAGCUCUUCACCAUCAAGCCACAGUCAGGGACCUAAAGAGAACAAGAGCGACUCUGCCCUUGCUCCUACAGCAGUUUCCCCGCCUGGUAUGUACCCCUCUGUGGAUGAGCGACUAUUGCCCAGAAAGAUCAGACUGAGUCGCUCAAAACCAUCUCCUGAUGUCUGUACACCCAAGUCUUCCAGCACUGUGAGUGGACCCAGCUCAGUACCGACAGCCCCUGGCCGGCGUCUUUGGCGGCAGAAGAGUAUAAAUAAAGGACCAGAAGACAAGGAGAAGCCAGGAAGAGCUAGUCCUCUCCAAAGCAUCCCAAGCCCAUCUGGUCUUGGAAACACAGGUGGGAACAAGAAGCGGAGCCCUGAAGUCAGGGCACCAAACUCAGACUCUGCAGAGGAGGGGCAGGUUGGAAGGGUGAAACUUCGGAAGAUUGUCAACGGGACGUGCUGGGAGGUGGUACAAGAGCCUCCCCUCAAAAACUCUCAAGAGAGCCCUCAGAUCCCAGAACCUGAAUGCUCGGAAGAGCCUGCAGGGACGCAGCCAUCCUCCAUGAACCAGCAGGAAAUGUUAUCUGCCAGAGUAGAUCUGUGUCAGGACUCCCCCGUGUGCUCCAGGCUACAAGAUCUCCUGCUCUCUGCUAGCCACUCCCCAGACCACCCAGUGGCAAAGUCUGAGUUUGGGUCCAGUCCAGAGCCGGUAGGGAAGGAGCCCGGGUUGGAUAUGGACUGCAGAGAGCACUACGCGUUUGACGCAGCCCUGCUGGGGCAGCCGUGCGAGGCUGAGGAGUACCGCAUCACCAGUGCCGCUGCCACCAGUGAGCUGGAGGAGAUCCUGGACUUCAUGCUGUGUGGCUCAGACAUUGAGCCCCGCACAGGGUCUCUGGAGAGUCCUGGAGCUGAGGGCUGCAGGACCCCUAAUUAUCACCUGGCAGAUACAGGAAAGAACUGGAUCGAAGGGGAAGAAUGGUGUCUGCCAGACAUGGAACUCUGGCCCAGGGAGCUCACAGGAUUGGAAAAGGAACCUGUUGGGGAGAACAAAGAGCCAACAGAGCCCUUUAGCCCCCUUGUCAUGCCCUCUGAGAACAAAGAGCCAGAUGAGUCCCUAAGCCCCCUUGUCAUGCCCUCUGAGGUGAGUGAAGAGGGGGUACUUUCAGUAGGAAGCCCUUGGACUCCGGAUCUGGAAAUUACCAGUUCCCAGCCACUGGAUGGUCAGAGAGAGAAGCUUCUCCACAUUGACUCUCUCGACGUUCCUCAAAGGUCCUAUGAGGAUCUCUCACCCCCCUGUUCAAACUGGAUGGACGCUAGGCCGGAAGUGUCCCUAAGUAUGGAUGAGGUAUUAUACCCUGCUCCAGAGGCAGGCAAGGAGGAACUUGGCAACUCCGGAUCGUUGGACCCACUUCCUGCCAGCUCGGAAGAGGAAGAGAUUGAUGUUGUAGACUGGACGUCAGAGGGGAGGCUGGUGCCCACGGGUAUUCCUUCUGUGUGGCCCGACCCUUCCUCAGAGUCAGACACAGAGGUAGACAUACUAACGUAGAAC